AAUUUAUUCGGUUGGCACCUAACAAAUUUCGUCCAAUUUUUCUACCUAUAAAAGAACACCUAGAAAUCCAACAUACCAACAUAACAAAAUCUUAAACAUAAUAGUACAAGUUCUGAGAGUUAGAAGUUAAUUGUAAGAAUAUGUCAGAAGUGAAAUUGCUUGGUGUUAGUGGGAGCCCUUUUAGUCGUAGAAUUGAAUGGGCUUUGAAGAUUAAGGGAGUAGAAUAUGAGUUUAUAGAAGAAGAUUUGCAGAACAAGAGCCCUUUGCUUCUUGAAUCUAAUCCUAUUCAUAAGAAAAUCCCAGUGUUGUUUCAUAAUGGCAAACCCAUUGUUGAGUCACUUGUUAUUAUUGAGUAUAUUGAUGAGGCCUUUGAAGGGCCUUGUAUAUUGCCUAAAGACCCUUAUGAGAGAGCAAUUGCACGUUUCUGGGCUAAGUUCCUCGAUGAAAAGUGCUUGCCAGCAGCAUGGAAAGCUUUGUGGAGCAAAGGAGAAGAGAAAGAUAAAGAGGAAGCUUAUGAAGUCUUUAAAGUUCUCAAUAAUGAACUUAAGGACAAGAAGUUUUUUGGUGGAGACAAAAUCGGAUUUGUUGACAUAGCAGCCAAUUUUAUCGGAUUUUGGAUAGGAAUUGUUGAAGAAGCCACUGGCAUUGUUCUGGUGACAAGUGAAAAAUUUCCACAUUUAUGCGCGUGGAGAGAUGAUUAUUGCAGCCAUGUUAAGGAAAAUAUGCCUAACAGAGAAAUGUUGCUCGGUUAUUUCAAGGCUCGAGCUGAAGCUGCGUCUACUGCAACUGCUCCCAAAUGAACAUUUAAAUCCAAUUUCCUAUAUUUCAUUUUAAGAUCUUUUUUGAGGCAAUAAAAAUGUUAUUUAGAGAAAUAUAUCUAGCUAGGUUUCAUGGAAUAAGGCUUGUCAAAGAAAAAUAAAGUGCUCUUAAGUUAGGUGAUGUAUUUUUUUAAAGAGACUUUUUAUAUGGUUGUAAUAUACGUAUUGCUGUUGG